GUGACGGGGAACCGGCGUUUAGGAUUAAGUCAGAGUUCCAACCUAUCCGAGUGGGCUUGCGCUACAACCUGACUCGUGAAGAAGAGUGUCGUGUGGCGCGCAUUGAAGGUUGCUGGCGGAAUCGCAAUUUGUUGGACUUUCGCCUACUUACCGGUUGGGAGCUGUUGGUCGAUCAACGAUUGACCCGCGCCGUUGAGACGCCGCCAGGUAACGCUAGGAGCCGUGACGCCUUUGCCAAAGCCAUGGACCGCGCGGAGAUUGACAACUUUUUGGAGGCCAUGUAUGCCUCAGGGGAUGCGGCUCAAAAGACAGUGAUAGACCCGGUGACGCUGGCGGUGAGCCCAUCCGAGGUUCCGGUGGUGCUGCCAAUGCCGCUGCACUCCCACCUUGGCGCCGACGGCCUACCCGUUGCUCAGACGGGUGCCAAUGUGGGGGGUGGAAAGGAGGGGUCUGGCGCCGCGCAGCAGACAGAGAGAGUGCCCAACGUGCGACGUGGGCCACAGAAGGUGGUGCGGCCGGCGGGGGCUGCCGCCACGGUGGGUCAACAGCAACGGGGGCCACGGCCUGCGGCCGCUAGACAGACGCGGUUGUUGCGGAAGCGUCGGCAGGAUGACUCCGACGAGGAGGAUGAUGAUGAUGCUGAGGUUAUCGGGGUCCGCCAGCGAAAGAAGGCCCGCCAAGCUCCGCUGAAGGCGCCAGUGGCCGCUGCAGAAAAGGCGCCUGCGAGUGACCUGGACUCGUUUGCCGCCUAUGCCGAGUUCAUGACUGACAAUGAACGGGGAUUUCUCUACCACCUCUGCGAGAUAAUGGGGUUUGGUGGUCUGGCGGGGAUUUCCCGCCCAACGGCGAUUGACGGGUCACCCUUCAGUUCAGCUUUUGGUCACCUUUCGGUUGGGCUGCAUGAGAUGUUCAUGGCGGCGCAGAAGCAGCCCGGGGUUGAGCGGCAGCUCAGGGACGAGAUCAGCGGUCUCGAGAGGGAGCUGGGGGACGCCAAGGACAGGCUGGCGGAUGUGGAGCGGCGCCUGACGAAGGCGGAUUGCGACGCCGCGGAUGCUCGCGGCAAGUUGGAAGUGGCAAUCCGGCGGGACGUGGAACGGAACAACCACAUCUCCAGGAUGGAACAAGACAUGUCUCUGCUGCAGGAGCGGGUGGUCGCUAAGGAGAAAAAAAUUGAUAUCCUGCAGCGGGAGUCUGCCGCCAAGCAGGCAGCGGUGACGAAACUGGAGGCUGAGGUAGCUCGCCUGCGGGACGAAGGGACCCGUGCCGCUGCCGCCGCUGUGGAGAAAUUCAAACAGUCGGCGGAGUACAAAAAGGCGAUGACUGAAUCGGCGAAGGCCGGCGCCCUAGCCAACGUGGAGAUGCUGAAGCAGAGGGGCGCCAUUGACUUUGCGAAGGCGUCCCAGCCACCUGUUCUGCCAGUCCAAAAUGCUCCGCCGGUGCAAGCUGCGGUUCCUGUCCAGCCUGAAGGUGUUCGCUCGGGAAGCGGGGAAAGUGGUGCACAGCCCGCGGAUGGUUCUCAGCAGACUCCUCUGCCUACCCAGUCAGAGGUGUCCCGUGCCGGUUUCCUGGCGGCACACACUCGUCCGGAUGGCACCAUAGAGACUCCAAGUCCUACCGCCAGAGGGUCUGACCAGACAAGCCGCGCACAACCACAGCCGCCUGCGGAAGGUGGAGAUGUUGAAGCCAACCCGAAGAGCUGAGCUCCUACAUGUGUUGUUUUUUUUAUUUUUUUUUUUUCGUUGGCUGAGUUUCGACAUUUUGAAGUAAUGAACAACUUUGGAUGGGGAGUCUCAGCCCUGAAAUGAAAUUUCAAAGUUUGAUGUUUGUCAUGAUAUGUUUGUACCGCUAGAGUUUUGACUUAGAGAUUUUUCUUUUGCCAAGCAAUGAAACA